AGAUUGAAACUUGGUGUUGGAGGUAGCUUGGGAUCUUGGGUAGUUAUAUGAUACGGCUAAAACAAAUGACGAGACUUGAGUCUAUUUUUUUUUUGGCAAUUGUCGCCGAAAAAAAAGCGUCUGUCCAUUGUCCAAGCAAAAAGCUGUGGCGGAUUCUCCAAAGCAAAUAUCAAACCAGCGAACAAAAAUCUCUCUUUGUUUUUUCCUUCUCUUCCACUGACAAUCCAAAGUUGGAAACAUUUUUAAAAUCGUUCGACGUUUUCACGAGGAGAGAAGAAAUUUUCGGAAAGAGAUUAACCAACGGAUAGAGAUGGCAACCGUUGCCGGUACUUGUUCUUCUAGUGUUCUGUUUAGAAGCCGGAGCAAUGGAGCUUCUCUGGCUCAAUAUAAUGGGCUUAGACCACUGGAGACUGUGCAAAUGGCUCCAGCUGGGACUAAGUCAAGUGGGUUCCUUUCUACUUCAGUUCCAAAAUCCAGAACAAUCAGAGCCAUGGCUUCUCCAAAUGUUUCAGCUCCCAAACGAGAAAAGGAUCCCAAGAAACGAGUUGUGAUAACAGGAAUGGGAGUAGUCUCAGUUUUUGGUAAUGACGUUGAUGCAUUCUAUAACAAACUACUUGAAGGAGAGAGUGGGAUCAGCCUAAUAGAUAGGUUUGAUGCUUCUUCAUUCUCUGUCAGAUUUGCCGGUCAGAUUCGCGACUUUUCGUCUAAAGGAUACAUUGAUGGGAAAAAUGAUCGCCGUCUUGAUGAUUGCUGGAGGUACUGUUUAGUUGCUGGUAAGAGGGCUCUUGAAGAUGCCAACCUUGGCCCUGAAGUCCUUGACAAUAUGGACAGAACUAGAACUGGAGUGCUGAUCGGAACUGGGAUGGGAGGCUUAACAGCCUUUAGCAAUGGAGUCGAAGCUCUUAUUCAAAAGGGAUAUAAGAAGAUAACUCCAUUUUUCAUCCCUUACUCCAUAACCAAUAUGGGUUCAGCAUUGUUAGCUAUUGAUACUGGCUUAAUGGGACCUAAUUACUCCAUUUCAACUGCUUGUGCAACUGCAAAUUAUUGCUUCUAUGCAGCGGCUAAUCACAUUAGACGAGGUGAAGCAGAUAUAAUGGUAGCUGGAGGCACUGAGGCUGCUGUUAUGCCGACUGGUGUUGGUGGCUUUAUAGCUUGCAGGGCACUGUCUCAAAGAAACGAUGAUCCUAAGAGAGCUUCAAGACCUUGGGACAAGAAUCGAGAUGGUUUUGUCAUGGGAGAAGGAGCUGGUGUGCUGAUAAUGGAGAGCUUGGAUCAUGCAUUGAAAAGAGGAGCCAAUAUAAUUGCAGAGUAUUUAGGAGGUGCUGUAACUUGUGAUGCUCAUCACAUGACAGAUCCUCGCUCUGAUGGUCUAGGGGUUUCAACUUGCAUAACCAAGAGCUUAGAGGAUGCCAAAGUUUCCCCUGAGGAGGUGAACUAUAUUAAUGCUCAUGCAACUUCAACGCUUGCAGGGGAUUUGGCUGAGGUUAAUGCUAUCAAGAAAGUCUUUAAGGACACGUCAGAGAUUAAGAUGAAUGGAACAAAGUCAAUGAUUGGACAUGGACUUGGUGCUGCUGGUGGACUUGAAGCCGUAGCAACCAUAAAAGCAAUCACCACAGGAUGGUUGCAUCCAACUAUCAAUCAAGAUAACUUGGAGCCUGAUGUCACUAUUGACACUGUUCCCAAUUUGAAGAAGCAGCAUCAAGUCAAUGUUGGUAUCUCAAAUUCAUUUGGCUUUGGAGGGCAUAAUUCUGUGGUUGUUUUCGCUCCAUUCACUCCUUAACUCGAUAAUACUCAGCCCAAAUAUUAAUUCUGUUUCAUCUUUCCAUUAUGUCAAAACGAACCAAGUUUAAUGGUAAUAGAGUGGAAAUCAGAAGCAUUCUUGAUUUUUGCGGUAAUGAGUAUUCAGAUUAUGCAGACAAUCGGAUCAUUUUCAUUUGAUACCUUGUAACUCUUUUGUAAUAAGAUUGGAUUUGGUGUUCCUUAAAUAAGCAAAUAAAAAGAAUCGACAUUGUUUCCU